GGCUCCUGCUCCUCCUCCUCCUCGGACGACAGCAGGCAACAUCUAACAUCUCACCACCAGGCUGCAGCUGCAACGAGGGGGUGCGUUCACCAAAUAUCGUCGUCGUCUUGGACAACAUUCGAGCAAGAAAUUGAACAAUCUGUUCGACGCACAUGAAGGAGUCAUGUCUAGCUAGCGAGCGGAGAGAAGCUAGCUGCGGCUAGCUGGUCGCCGACGAGCGUCGAACUCUUUUUUUUUUUUAAUCAUUUUGUCUUUCUUUCUCUAAACUCUGCAUUGUGUAAUGUGGCGUGGGCUUGAGUUGGUUAGUGUGUGAGUUGGUUGAUGUAGUUAUGGGGGGGAUGUGUUGUUGUGGAAGUAUGUAGGUCAGUGUAGCUGAGCGAUGCUAGUAUGUGGGUCACACUGCUUGCUAGCUAACAGCUGGUUAGCACAGCUAGCUCAUGGCUUGUGGUAGAAGUUAGGAUAUACGCUAUGUUCGCCAGCACAUUCUUUAGUUGUACUGCUUUUAAGUCGUCGUGUACCGUGUAACGUUGCUGCUGCUGCAUUCGUGGUGGUUUGUUUGAAGCUGGAUGCAUUUAGCUAGCAGAUAGCAGGCUACAAACAAAGGUAGCUGCUUCUGAAAGUCAUCAUUCUUUAAAUGUGAGAUCAAAUCUUUGCACAUUUUCAACACGGUCCACAUGCUCGGAUCAUGUUCAGCUUAGAGCCGCGUCCCCCCCGCGUCUAGCCGGCCAGCAGCAGCAGACCACCGGCCCUGAGGGUCUCAGGAUGGCCUUUCACGGCGCAGGCCGUCAGACGGUUUGUGGCGACUUGUUCUCAGCCUCCGACUUGGGCCACAAGUACUUCUACGUCAACUCAGCGUGCGGAGCUCCCCCCACGGGCCUCGGCGCCACCCCGUGUGUGAGCGGACACCCUGCCCCGGCCGGGACCCCCAGACACCCCACCGCUCUGGCAGGGAGCACCGGCGGUGGAGCCGCCGUGCCUCAACCGUACAGCAACCCGGCAAGCGAGGUACCCAGCCCCGCAGAGAUGGAGCCCGACCGACCCAUAGGCUAUGGCGCCUUUGGUGUGGUGUGGUCGGUGACGGACCCUCGCGAUGGACGCAAGGUGGCGCUGAAGAAGAUGCCCAACGUCUUCCAGAACCUGGUGUCGUGUAAAAGAGUGUUCCGGGAGCUUCGCAUGUUGUGCUUCUUCAAACAUGACAAUGUCUUGUCAGCGUUGGACAUUCUGCAGCCGCCGCAGAUAGACUGCUUUGAGGAAAUAUACGUGAUCACGGAGCUGAUGCAGAGCGACCUUCACAAGGUCAUCGUGUCUCCUCAGCCGCUGACCACCGACCACAUCAAAGUCUUUCUCUACCAGAUCCUUCGAGGCCUCAAGUACCUUCACUCUGCUGGGAUCCUCCACCGUGACAUCAAGCCUGGAAACCUCCUGGUCAACAGCAACUGCCUGCUCAAGAUUUGUGAUUUCGGGCUUGCUCGGGUGGAGGAGCCCGACCCCUCACGUCACAUGACCCAGGAAGUGGUGACGCAGUACUACAGAGCGCCCGAGGUGCUGAUGGGCUGCCGCCAUUAUGGCUCUGCCAUCGAUGUGUGGUCGGUGGGCUGCAUCUUCGCAGAGCUGCUGGGGCGCCGCAUCCUCUUCCAGGCUCAGAGCCCCAUCCAGCAGCUGGAUCUGAUAACGGACCUGCUGGGAACGCCGCCACUGUCUGCGCUAGCGUCUGCCUGCGAGGGGGCCAGGGCCCACAUCCUGCGUGGACCGCACAAGCCGCCGUCGUUGUCGGUGCUGUACAUGCUGUCAGAUGGCGCAACUCACGAGGCCGUGCAUCUGCUCUGCCGCAUGCUCGUCUUUGACCCGGCCAAGCGUAUUUCUGGCGGUGAUGCACUGUCUCACCCAUACCUGGACGAAGGCCGCCUGCGCUACCACACGUGCAUGUGCCAGUGCUGCUACUCCGUGCCCAGCGGGCGCGUCUACACACGAGACUUUGAGCCAGCGGCCGAGCGUCCGUUCAGCCACAGCUACGAGAACAGCCUGCUGUCCGUGUGGCAGGGCAAAGAGCUCAUCCAUCGCUUCAUCACCGAGCACCAGCAGGGCAAGCGGGUGCCGCUGUGCAUCAACCCUCAGAGCGCCGCCUUCAAGACCUUCAUCAGGUCCACCGCCUGGCACUCGUCCAAGGUGUCCCGCAAGGAGGAGAGAUGAACGCCUCCUCGCCAUCGCCACAGGAGGACCACCACACACCUUUUGUCCACUUCCUGUGCAGAAACGUGGGCGGGAGCCCACUGCGGCCUUGCAGGUGCUGAUUGUAAAGAAAAUAGAAAGACGAGAAAAAGUAGAAUAGUUGUUGCUUCGUCAUUCCGCACAUGUAGCAGCCUUGAGCGCCCCUGGUGUCCAUGCCGCUCAGCAGCAGCAGCAGAAGAUUCUGGGAAAAUUAACUUGUUCAUUCCUCUUUGGCACGUUUUUAUUUUGAAAGUUGUGACAGGAAGUGUGAUGGCACAGUGUUUUAAUCCUUAAUUUAUUGUGCAAGACUCUGCCUCCAUGAUGGCGCUCGCGAACAAACGCUGAGCGGAGCGCCCACACAUUUUAAGACCUACCCACUCAAACCCCCUUUUCCCUCCCCAUGCUACUUCCUGGUCCUUCCCGUCCACCCCCACACCCCCCGCAGUGGGCUUGGCGGCGUGCUGCUGUUUUUUUGUCGCCACUUCCUGUCUGUGGAGGCUGGAUGAUGACGAGUGCUAGCGUUGGUUCUGGUUCUGAUGCUCACCUCCCAGAGAGGUUUCAACUUCCUGCUCUUGUUCUAUCAGAACAAGUGGUGGUUCUUGAAAUGUACUGAGACAGGCAAGCACCGGCGGUGCAUUCAAGGACACGUUGUUUGGGUCUUUCAAGACUCAGCAGUUCCAGAGGUCCCGCGUGGUUCGGUCCUUCUUGACUGUAGGAACUCUUGCCAGGAAUUUUCUGGGAUCUCAGGAACUUUUCACGGUCAAGCAUUGCCAUGACGAGCUGACUUCUUGCUGCGGUUGUACUUCACCUGCACCUCCAGCAGGCGGCGCCACACAAGGCUUUUAUUUAUUCUGAGCUUGGGACUUGUUUUACUUUAGCGGGUUUUCUUUGGACUUGACAACCAGAACACCUCGUUAGUCUCACGGCUUUUUUUCCCCCCCCUUCACCGUCACUGAGGUCACGUGACAUUGGAUCACUCCGGGCCAUUUAUUAGAAACGCCAGCAAGGAGAAGUGUUGCAUCAGGUUCCCAUUCAUUCAUUCAUGGUGGGCAGCCGCAAAUAGAUUAGGUACCCUCACUGAUAAACACAAUAAAAAGGAACUGUGUGUGACAACACUUGUUGUUCCAACUCCGUACACUAGAUGGCAUCGUAUUCAGACUCUGGGGACUUCCUGGUGGGUUUUUUUUAGAAGGUUUCUAUUGCUCUUCUUAAGGAGCAGUGAGCAAGACACAGCAACCCCCCCCCCCCCCCCCCCCCCAAAAAAAAAAAUCUAAAAACACUCACAGGCGGCUGUCUUGUUUGACAUUAAACAAAAUCCAUAAAGGAGCAACGAGAAAGUUAAAUUCUUAUCUUAAAAUUGUCACUCUCCCACUGCCAUGAAUAGAUUGCAGUCCCGUGGGCAAACACUGAGGCUGGUGUUGCCAAUAAAUUGGCAAGUCAGGUUGUGCUUCAUUAUCGUGUUUGUUGAUUAUUUUGGGAACGUCUCCGCUCUUGUUGGACACACACCCCCACCCCGCUUGACUCCCUCGGCUCUCAUCGUCUUUAGCAAUUAGCCUCGUUUGCUCGUUUAAAAAAAAAAACUUGUUUGAUGUUUUGAUUCUGAAAUAUGACACUAAUGUUUGAAAGUGUUUUAGAUAAAAGUUUGAGUUUGUUUUGUUUUUUUUGACUUGACAAAUACUUGAAUUUCUUAAACUGGUUUGCGUUGUUAAAGUAGAGCGUGAUGAUGAAUAAAACCACACUGGAAUAA